UCUUGCCAUCUCGUUGGACUCACUGAGUUCAACAUUGCCCCUCCGAGCCCAUUUUCCCACCACCAUAACAACAAAGACGUUGAUGGAGAAGAUGAAGAAGAGGAAGAGGAGAUGGAAGAGCUGGAAUAUGAGGACUUGGGUUAUGAAGAUGAGGUUCAAAACAAUCCCAUGUCGACCCCAUUUCUUUAUCCCACAAGUAGAGCCCAUGGGAGCAAUAAAAGUCGAGACUUUCAUGCUCAUAAUGGUCACCAGCAGCAAAACCAGUUUGCUGUACUGGACAUUUUGGUGGCUGCUCUGAGGAAGUCUUUGAUAACUUGCAGUGUGGAGAGGGAUGACGUGGCUUCCUCUAUCGAUAUCAGUUCUCCUACUGAGGUGAGGCAUGUUUCGCAUGUCACAUUUGACAGGUUUAAUGGAUUUCUGGGUUUGCCCACUGAGCUUGAGCCUGAGGUCCCCAGGAAGGCGCCUAGUGCCAGUGCAAGUGUGUUUGGGGUCUCUGCCAAGUCAAUGCAGUGUUCUUAUGAUAAUAAAGGAAACAGUGUGCCUACAAUACUUCUUAUGAUGCAAAAGCGAUUGUAUUCAGGAGGAGGCCUUAAAGCAGAAGGAAUAUUCAGAAUAAAUGCUGAAAAGGUCCCGCAUGGAAUUGAUGUUCAUUGUUUAGCAGGUUUGAUAAAGGCAUGGUUUAGAGAGCUUCCUUCAAGGGUACUUGAUCCACUCACACCAGAACAGGUGCUGCGCUGCAACACAGAAGAUGACUGCACAAGACUGGUGAAGACACUUCCUCCAACAGAAGCUUCACUGCUUGAUUGGGCCAUCAAUCUGAUGGCGGAUGUUGCGCAGAAUGAACAGCACAACAAGAUGAAUGCACGCAACAUUGCUAUGGUUUUUGCACCGAACAUGACUGAGAUGGCAGAUCCUUUAACUGCAUUGAUACAUGCAGUGCAAGUUAUGAAUUUCCUGAAGACACUGAUUUUAAAAAUCCUGCGUGAGCGAGAGGAAUCAGCUGCAGAGGCUACACUGCAUUCACCAAGCUCGAAAUCUCCCAACCACAACAGUGACACUGUGUAUUCAUUCAUGGGUGAAUCCUUUGGGCAGAAUCUAAAUACCUGUGCCCCCAAAGGACCUGUUGAUGAUAUCUCAUUCAGGACUACCAGUUUGGACAGCCCGAAAGCUGACAUUGAUGAGAAACUGUGGUGCUCUCCGGUAUUAAGUGACGGGGAAGAUGAACUUGAGUCCAAUUCACACAGCAGCAUGUCUACUAAGUAUGAACUCGAUUGUUCCGAAAAUGGAUGUAGAAGUGGAUAUGAAGCUGGAGACUGGUUAAGUUUGAGGAAAGGAGUGCGGAAGCUGUGCAGCCACCCGGUGUUUCAGUUGAGUAAGCCAGCGAAGAAUGAAAAUCUUGGGAUUGUAAAUACUAGGGGAGGAGGAGGAGGAGAACCAUGGGCAUAGAAAUGGGAACCUCUGUGUGAGAGAGAGAGAGAGAGAGAGAGAGAUGUCUGUAUUUGUUCAUAAUAUGUUGGUUGUGGUUGGUUUGUGUGAACAUUUUUAUAGCAUAGAUGUUAGGCUUUUGGUUGAUUCUCUAGUCAGAUAAAAAGGUUUGGAAGGAACUAACUUGGAGGGGUAGUGAAAUGGAUAUAACUUUGAGUGCUUUUAAUAACAAUGUUGGAGAUUUAUACAA